AUAUGAUCUCUUGGGAUUAGGCCUGUUUAUGUGGAAAACAGGAAAGAACUCUUUUUUAAUUUUCUUUACUUCUUUUCAUGUAUAGAUUUUUUAUGUUUCUUGCUUCUUGAUUUUAGCUCCUGUUUCACUACCUCACACUUGAAUUGAACUACUUUUUCUUUCCAAAUGAAUUAUGAAUGGAGGGCUGCAAAAUUGGGUAGAUCGAAUUUGUGGGUGGGGAAUUGUUUGGGUGUUCAGAGAUUUGGUGUAGGCUUGGAAAUAUUUGGCAUCUAAGGCUGCUAUGGGUUAACUAGACUUGAUUUAAGAUGUAUGGCUGUAGUUUGUUGAGUUCUUGACUUUGGAGGGUUCUGUAACACUCCAGCAUGCCUUAAAUAUCUUCCCUGUUAUAGAAUUUCUCUUUAGGUAUGCACUUAAUCAUAUCGCAAACCAAUAUAUCAGCUGUAAAUUUUGUGUGGAUAUUAUAUUAAAUGAUUCAACAUAAAUUCAUAGAAUGAGAUUGUGUGUAAUUGGGCGUUUUUUUACAAUGCUUGACGACUUAUGACUUAGUGUGGUUGAUAGAGACUGAGACAUGGCCCAUAUUGACCCCUUGUGCUUCCUUCUUCUUGCUCCGGUCUUUGGGGCGAGGUCCCGGGUUGACUUAUUAUUUGCAGUGGCCUUGAAAUUGGGUGUGAGGGGUUUGAGAGUUCAAGCUUGACUUAAUAACAUGGAUGGGAAAUGGAGGCUGUGUGUCUAACUUUCAUGAAAAGAGUUGGAUAAUUCUUGAAGUUGAUGUUUUUGUGGGAGAAACAGUAAUGCUGAGAAUAUGGGGAAGAAGGGAAGCUGGUUUUCAGCAAUCAAAAGGGUUUUCACUAACAACUCAAACGAAAAGCGAGCCGAUGGACCUGACAAGAAGAGCAGCAGCAAGGAAAAGAAGAAGGGCAAGGGAAUUUUAAGGCAUGGAGAUACCAAGUCGUUUAUUCCCCUGUUCAGAGAGCCAAGCAGCAUCGAGAAAAUAUUAGGGGAAGCUGAUCAGCUACUGAUUAGGCCUCCUCCUACAUCUUCUCAACGCCCAAAAUCGCCUCCUGCUCUGCCUGUAAGGCCUGUCUCACCCCGGCCUGCUUCACCCGAUCCUGCUUCUCAUAGAGCUUCUUCCCCUAAAUCUAAUUCUCCAAGAGCUUCUUCCCCUAAAUCUAAUUCUCCAAGAGCUCCUUCCCCUAAAUCUAGUUCUCCAAGAGCUCCUUUUCCGAGGGUUACUUCCCCAAGGGCUGCUCCUCGAGAGACAUUCUCCAUUGGGGCCGUUCCUCCCAAGGCUACUCCUCGAGAGACACUCUCCACUGGGGCCGUUCCUCCCAAGGCUGCUCCUCGAGAAACACUCUCCACUGGGGCCGUCAUUCCUCCCAAGGCUGCUCCUCCUACAGCUUUCAGUUCCGGUGCUGCUUCUCCCAAGGCCGCUGCUCCUUUCAAGGCUACUGCUCCUAAAUCAGCUCAAAGCAGAAAGGAAAUCAGGCAUGUGCAGAAGCCAGAACCGACUUUAAGAGACCAGCAACUUUCAACCACAAAAAUCCAGGCAGCGUAUAGAGGUUACCUGGCAAGGCGGAGUUUCCGAGCCUUGAAGGGCUUAGUGAGGCUUCAAGUAGUGGUGAAAGGGCAGAAUGUAAGACGUCAGACGAUGAAUGCCAUGAAACAAAUGCAGCUUUUGGUCAGAGUUCAAACACAAAUCCAGUCACGGAGGAUUCAAAUGUUGGAGAACCAGGCACUCCAGGAUCACGCGUAUAAGAGUAAUAAGGAUGCUGAGAGUACCCUGAGCAAAUGGACCUUGAACCAGAUGUCUAAGGACGGUCAAAAUGAAGAUUGGGACGAUUGCAGGCUAACAAAGGAGGAAGUAGAAGCAAGGACGCGGAAGCGAGUGGAGGCUGUCAUUAAAAGAGAGAGAGCAAUGGCCUAUGCGUACUCUAACCAGCUCUGGAAAGCCAAUCCAAAAUCAACUCCAAAUUCUUCUGGUAUCCGAUCCAACGGAUUCCCUUGGUGGUGGAACUGGUUAGAACGUCAGCUACCUCAAGCUGGUAGUUCGCAGAGUCAAGCUGCAUCAAGGAGCAUCUCGUUAACCCCUUCAAUGGCCGUUUCAGAGUUCAAGCCAAGCCCUCAGCUUCACCCAAGUAGUAGUAGGCUCGGAAAUCUCAUGUUUGACAACCACGAAUCUGUCACGCCACGAUCAUCCAGGUCAGCAGUCCCUGUCCGAGUAAAAUACUUUCAGACCACCCCAGGCAGGAGUCCUCUUGCAAGCAGCUUGAGCUAUACCAAGUUCUCGAAACCAAAAGCAGGUGCAACUAAUUCAGCUUACGAUACUCCUAUGAAAGAUGACGACAGUCUGGUGAGUUGCCCCCCGUUCUCCGUUCCCAACUACAUGACGCCUACUGUCUCGGCCAAAGCCAAAGCGAGAGCAUAUAGUAACCCGAGGGAGAGGUUCCCGGGGACUCCUGGAAGCAGCGACUCCAAGAGAAGGUUCUCGUUUCCUUUGACUCCGAAUGCUGGUUCGUUCAAGUGGAACAAAGGGUCUAAUAGGGAUUCUGCAUCGCAAGUGGGAACCGAGAAACGAGAGGAUGCCCGUUCCAUCGGAGAUUUCAGCGUGAAUUCAACGGUUUCGAUGCCAGCAGGUUUAGUUGGGAGAAAGCCGUUUAACAGAUUUGUGUGAUUUUUGUGCAUGUGUUUGUUGUAAGAUUAGUAAGGCUGUUGUUGUCAGUUUAAUAUACAGUGUUGAUGUUUGAAGGGUUGAAAUCUUUAGUGAUGUACAAUAAUGAAUAGGAGUGGUUGGUUUUACUUUUACAA